AUGAAGAGAAUCAGACUGGACCGGUUGGGUGGACAAUGGCUCUCGCCGCGCACACGACCAUGCUGUCUACGGUCUCCGCCCUCAAAAACACACUACGUAGCUAGCACCCAGCAGGCGCGGUCACAGUCUUCGUCUAGUUCCCCUACAAGCCUUGCCUACGAAGAUGCAGAUGGGAACACCGAAGAGUGGGAGCUCGAGGAGCCGAGCGCGAGACACCCGUCGAGCCCCUAUCCCUCACCACUUCCCGAGGCGGCGUUGAACUCUGCAAAGCUGGCUGCUCUGCACGCCCGCCUCUCGCUACCCAAGAAACUACCGCUGCAGACCAUGGCUCGUACGCUGGUCGACCCGUCGGCGGACCAGAAUCCGGACUUCAAUAAUGAGACGUUGAGUCAGCUUGGGGGCUCCAUCAUAUCCCUCCACGUCGCCGAGUAUCUCCUAUGCAAAUACCCGCGCCUGCCUAUGUCGGUGCUCUUUGCGGCAGCAUACGCAUACCAAGGUCCUAAAACGCUCCAGAUGAUAGGAAGGGAAUGGGGAGUGGAGGCUGCAGCGGCGCCGGGCUCAGAGGUCGACCCAGGGUUCUUGCAGUUCGAGAGGAUGCAGUCUGGGGCCCCCGUGAACAAGGCACAGGGGGGAAGUCUGCGGCCGGACAAGGACUGGCCCAAUCGGCGGGGGAUGAGUAGUAGGUUGGUCUACGACGACGAGUUUGGAGAUACGAUCCACAAGAAGGAGAACGUGGCGUCGCCGUUGCCGGCCGAGACGGCGUACUCGAAUUUUGUAAAGGCGCUCGUGGGCAGCAUACACCUGCACGCAGGACGAGAAGCGGCCAAGACGUUCGUCAAGAACCACAUGCUGAGCCGGCACUUGGAGGUUGCGUCUCUGUUUCAGUUCAAAGAGCCGGUGAGGGAGCUUUCGCGGUUAUGUGCGAGGGAGGGCUUCGAAUAUCCCGUGGCUCGGAUACUAAGCGAGACGGGGCGACGGAGUAGGACGCCUGUGUUUGUGGUGGGCAUCUUCAGCGGGAACGACCAGCUUGGGGAGGGCGCUGGUCCGAAUCUCCCAGAGGCGAGGAUCAGGGCAAGUGUGAAUGCUCUGAAGGCGUGGUAUUUAUACAGCCCAGGCAACAACGUGCGUUUGCCGAGCGACACGGAGGAUCCCAAGGCCAAGAAGGGUUGGGAGCCGGUGCACAUUGACUUGGGAGAGAUUAUCCACUAG